CUGUAGACUCCGGUUGUGCCAGACGAGUAGUCGCCGCCAGUAGUGGCUGAGGUGUUGCCCAGUGAGGGCGGUCAUCUAUUGGAUGCUGCCUGGAGGUGGAGAAGUGAACGUUCAAUCGUCGUAUACGAUACGACUAAUUGCUCUAUCGUUAUUAUUGUUGUGUUAAUGGUCAACUUGUUAAUGCUGCUGCUACUACCGAGACGGCAAAUACGUAAUACGAUGUGACGUGUGGAGUCGAAGAGGAAACAGGCCACCGAGUUUGCCCAGGGCUUCCGUCAACCGUUUAACAUGAAGAGGUGUGUGUGCUAACUGCACAAGCAAGGUGGUGUUAACGCUAAAGGGGUGACAACAGCAUAAAGUCUGCAGGAAGUGCUGGGGCAAACGGCGCUGCUACUGUUUUAUGAAAGUACCGUUGAAGCUUGUUUCUACUAUUACUGAACAGAUAGCACCUCGGUGGACCAUUGUCAUCGCUAUUAAUAACCAGGCAAGCGUCUUUCUAUUUACUGAGCAACGUUGAAAAGCGGUAGAGGCUAGCACCAGGCGUAAAUCGAGCCCAGUUCACAGGAACUACAUUAAUAAGGACGAGAAAGUAUAGAAAACGAGAGGCAGGUAUAAUAUACACGGCGCUCGUGACUUGCCAAGUACGAUUUAGAUAACCGAUAAAUUAGCCAAGCACCAACAAAGGCCCAAAUAGAGGUGACCGCACAGUUCCACUUUUUUGCGAACAGUUUGAUCCGCCCCCGAGGCUCGAUGAAUUGUCACUUCAGGAAGAAGGUUUAUUAAUACUAUUACAAUAGCUAAAGCAGUGGUCGCGUGUUGUCUUCUCUUUGGAAAAUUUACGUCUGACAGCAACAGUCUACUUAGAUGCGGUUGUUUCCAUCGUCAAUCAAGACCUCUUAGUAGUGAGAAGCUGAUAAAUCGACUCUUGAAACAGUUUGUCUAGUGGCAUGCAGAUAUUAUAAGCCAAUCAUCCAACUAUAUAAAUGGCUGUUAGCUAACAUGUCCAGGGGCGGACGCUAAUCAAUGGGAACGAAAUUGAGGUAGAGUUUUCCCGUGCAAUCAUUCGUGCGCCGUCCACUUAUGAGUGUGAUCGUUUCGUUUAGUCAGAAGAGAUGAAAUGACGACCUCAGUGUAUCUAUUCUCCUACUGAUACUCGUAAGAUUUCUUGUGGUGACAGGACACUGAACUACCUAAUCUAAGGAAGAAGGAAAGAGAAAUUGGUCAACUGAUGAGGUCAACUUGCACAGCCGCAGCUGUCCAUGGGACUUCGCUACAAUCAAGCGCAGCUGCGCAAAUACAAUAUCAAUUGUUAGCGGUCCACCAAUCUUAACUACAACACUGGCAAGAGUCUAAAGAAAAAACUUAUUAGCGGGAAACGCCGCGGAACGGAGACAGACGGUAACGUCGACAAUACCAAUUUCCAGGGAAUUGAAAUCAAUCGACGAGUAUUGCACUUGUUAGUAUUUUCUAACAAUAGCACUAGAUGUAUGAAGUCAGCAGCAAAGUGCAGGAGAGGUACAGCAUGGUACCAAACAGAAACCAAACGUGUCAAACGGAGCUCACUACCGUGGCGACAACACGCCAUUGUAGUUGUAGAGUGUGAUUACUCUUUUUCAUCGUCGAUAAAGAACAGUACUUUGAUCGCAAGCAAAAUUCUGGCCUUUCCAGUUUUAAGAAAUAGCCAGCAGUGCCGAAGAGGCUAUGCCAAGUCAACGUACAGAAAGAGAAAACUGAAAUACAGGAAAAAAAGGACAAGGAAAUAUGAACUAGACACAAGAAGAAAACAGAACGAUUGUUGGAAAACUAAUAAACAAAUCGAACCUACAUCGUCCCUUACAGGAGAGCCAAUAACAAUUAUUCAGCCAUAGCUUUGGUCUUGGUUUCAAUCACGCUUUUCUUUUAAAAGCUCUUGGCCGCAUUUAGGCUGACCUUGCCGGUCCUACGGUAGUCAUCAUUGUUGGGACCUGCUGUUCUAUUCGUUCGAGUUUUUGAUUUCACCACGUUGCUGCCGUCACUUAGGGUCAGCUAAAACCUACCCGAGCCUCUGGUAUUGCAGUUUGGUCUCUUUCGGAGUAUGUUUAGUUGAUCCGCUUUUCGGACACAUAGAUAUUGUAUAUAGAAAUGGUGACGAAAGUAAUUAUGUUCCUCUAGUAUUAUCUCUCAUUUUGAUGUUGUUCAUGAGAUACGUGCGGCCAUUUUACGCACAUACGACGUUCAUAUUUCUGAUCGUUUCCCACUGUUUUGCGUAGUGUAAAUGCAAUAUCAUGAGCCGCAUGCUAUCAAACAGCAACGAAAGCAACAGCCUUAACAAGCCAUGAUGACUGUUACAAUUAGAACCAAUGCGACUCCAAGCUCUGCCGUCACUAAGUCUUCUCAGCAUGUCUGCUAAAAACUAUCAGAAUAUCAGAUGUAAUAUUAAUAGAAUUACCUGUUAUAACAACUACCGCUUAAACUACAACAAGUAAUAGAAGUACGAGAUAGUAUCAAUCGUGUCAUGGCCUGUGCCACUUCUAUUGGUCGUUGUCGUAAAGCAGGUUACUCGUACGCAAUUAACAAGUUGCAACGAGCUGCGUGAUUGUAGCCGCGUAUUCAACAACAGCUUAUAUUUCUACUGUGAGCGAAACGUGCAGCAGGCGUCAACCAAUACUGCCGAUCAUCGAGAAAGGCGCGCACGCACAAAUGCUACGAUUGAUUGGUGUGAUUUGUGAAUGCAAACCGGAUGUAGGAGCGACUGUCUGGGAGCUCGAGCGUGGGUGCUGUACGGUGCUGUAACCAUAUGUGUAAUCGCGUUAGCGUGUUUGUCAAGUUGUCAUCCACGUUUGCAUGGUAUCUACGUGAACACCCGAUUAUCGGUAUCCUUCGUAGCGGAUUCCUCUGCGCUGUCUAGUUGAUUAUAGUUAGGCAAAUAGUAAUUGUAGUGGCGUAUGUUGCUAAAUUAAAAGCGCAUUGCUGCUAUAGCUGCACGGACCGAACGACUGUCUGUCUGCGGUAAUCUUGCUUGCCGCAAGAGACACAACGAAUAACGGCGAAUUAAGAAGUCCUUGAGAGAAAGGUCAUAUUGUUUAAGCUCUGAUCCUCACGAACAAAGUGAGCAGUUCGGGGACGCGGGAAACGAAAGUUAAGGGGAAAGGGGAAAGCAACGACGCCUGCGGAAGUUGGCAAGAACUCUUAUCUUUUACCACCGAAGACAAGACAAGAGGUCCAGAAGUGUUUGCUUCAGCAGAAGGAGAGUACUGACCGUGCGUAACCUUUGGGAGUGCUACCGAAAACCGCUGAGUAGCUGUUAGAAGAAUAGAAGUGCAAUAAAUAUUCUGGAAACUGAUGACGUGGUAUGCGAUCGCCUUGAUUCACGACUGAAUGUGAAGGAGUGCCUCAAGAAUAUUGCUGUCAUUAUUUACUAAUAGAAACUUGUAUUGGUCUCACGAACCGAAGUUCAACUGCAAAAAGUCACAUGAAGUAAAACACUUAGCAUUGGCUAAAGAAGAAGAUUAUCGGAAAAUAUCGUCGCACUAUAGAGCAUUGAAAAAUAUGGUUGUAUAACGGCCGGCAAGAACAGAAUACAACGAUCAAUUCAAUCAUUACCAUCGCCACAGCUGUGCUCGUAUUUAUGCAAUCAAUAGAGCUAGACGGACAGUAGAGGAGUAAUGGGCAAGCUCAAAGACACAGUGUCGGAAUUCCUAACCGAGGCGGGCAAGUCAUCUGCGGCAGCGGUCACGCUGUGUCAGCAGGACUCUGUGGUGAAAGCGUUAUUCCAGACGCUCGAGGAUGCAUCACUUUACGCCAUCUUUCUCGAGUCAAUCUGUGAGUUGCUGUUCCGGUUCUGCCGGUCCGAGCUCGAAGAGUUGCAGCGGUUUUCGUCGUACUUCAUUCCGACGGCGUUGGCCUUAUAUCUCCGGUUGAACCGGCACCCUGCAGCUCGAGCCAUCGACUUAUCCCAUCUUGAGGUAUACCUGCUGGCAGCGUACAAUAUCGAGACCUGUGAUACCGAAGGGAAGGAGAUCGUCCAUUCUUUCACGGUGCCGGCACUGCAUAAGCCGUCGAUCUACCACGAGUCGAUGAUGCCGCCGGCGUCAGCGGCUCUCACGGAGAACGCGCUCUCCCGUCUCGAGCAGGGACUUCACGACGCUCGCGUGGUUAUCGGACCCUUUCAAGAGGCGGUACGGAUUAGCCGUGACAAUGUGCACCGGAUAUCGGCGCUCUUAAUGAGAGUCUACAAUGCCAACAUUUCAUAUAUGCCGGGCGCGUCGAGAGAAGCUACACUGCGUGGAGCGCAGAAAGUGAUCAGCCAGCGAUGCCCGCGAAUAGAACUAAGCUCAGAAUACCUCCUAGAGGUGCUGCACUGCGCAUACUUCUCAAUGUUCAACGGACAGUAUGUUCUUGGCAACGAAACAGUGUCGCUGAUUCGGACUCGGGCGAGGCAAAGUCUGCUAGCUGAGGUGUGUUUAGUGGCUAAUGCCAUGCGUCAGAGUCUUUUGGACUCAAAGGACAGCGCCAAAUCGACUCAGCAGCCCAUGGGCAUCCGAGUCACUGUCAAUUCAAGUUUCAAGAACCUUACCAAGAACGUGCUCACCAAUGCUUCUUUUCGCACACGAAAACUCAGUGAUGAGUCUGCUGGGGAAGAGGAGGUACCAGGCGGUGCGGCCAUAAGAGCAGCCUCUGGUGCCGGCGCAGUCGGCGUAUCAAAGCGUGAGGCGUAUAAGGCGCAGUUACACGAAACCCUCGGCUCCAUCGACGAAAGCAUCGAGAUUUCACAGGUACACAUAGAUACUGAAGGUUCGAGUGUCGGAAUCCAUAAAAGCAACUCUACUUCAUCAGGAAAGGUCCGUAAGGGGUCACUGGUUCUGGUGGACAGUACGGAAGGAACAGUUAGCAACGCUAAUGGCACCACGACGGCAAAUUCGACAAAUGUGUGAGGCUCAUUAACAACGUACGCGAACGUUAUGGCUACUAAAGCAGCUCACUGGACAACAAAGGAUACCUUUAAUCCAUAAUCUACCUGUCGUUUUAAAAUCUGACAGGCUCGCGAAAAGGGCUGCACCAGUCUCAGGCUGCCGAAACUGAGAGCACUUCUAGCGUCGCUAUAGAAACCCUUUCUGAACUGCUAAAGCAUCUAGACCCAUCGAAAGGUGCAGGACUGUUAGCUACAUAGAACACAGUCCCCUAAACCGGAAGCACUUGCUUUAAAAGUACCUAGGUGGUGUGUUUUGCAAAACGGCAUAAGUAAUUUCACUCGUCUUUUCAGGCCAUUUCAAGGGUCUUGGCCGUCUCAUGUUCUUCAAUAACCGCCCUUACUGGCGUACAAAGGUGGCUUCAGGCAAACAUCAAACAUCAUCCCACCACACACCGAUAUAUGACUCAGUAAUAAAUAUUAUAAGGCAUAGUGAAGCGUUGGAAAUUUGCUUCUGCGUAACCUAUCAACAGUCAGACGCUAUCCGUAUGAAUCAACUUAAGUCCCGUACGUGACCUCUGAUCGAAGCAACGAGUUCUGUAGGCCCCACGAUUUCGCCUAACUGGUCAUUGUGCACCUGCAAGCGGAUGCCAAUUAGAGACAACAAAUGAAAGAGUAGCAUCGCAAGCAAUAGUCCAAUACGGUUGAUGGAAAUUAUUGCCUUAGGAAGGCUAUCUGGUAGAAAUAUCACAACAAUAAAACCUAGAUGACAACAAACGCAACAGCUUCUCGAGCUACCUAUCUAGUAUCUAAAUUUGGUCUAAAGAAGAGAAAAAACUAUGAAAGACCAAAACUGCAGCACCAGCACUUGCUAUGAUCUUAUCUGUCUAAAGAGGAGACGAACCGCGAACACGUGACUUAGCAGGACCUAUUGCUGUACGAAUCGCAGUGGUAGAUUAUUCUUAAUGGACAUAGAGAAAGAUCUAUUGUGAAUAUUUACAUCGAGAUUUAAACUAAAAGCCUCACAGAGGAUUGGAGUAGGCUAAAGUAUGUAAGAGAAGGAUAAUGAUUAUCUGAGCAGGUAAAGUUAUGGGAUCUUAAAGCAUACACACUCAGUAGCAUACUUUCGGAAAUCGUCGACGAUCGAUUUCCUAUAUAUUUAUGCUGAAAUUAGCAUUGUUGAGAAAGCGAUAAUUGUUUUUUUAUUGGAAUAUUUAUUUCGUAUUUGCGUGAAAAAUAUAAUGGAGAAAGCCAAAAACUAAACGUCUCCUUUUUUGAGCUAGUCUCGAAUUAUAUAUAUAUAGAUAUAUAUGCAAAUAAGCUUGUCGUGUGUUGAAUGAUAAGAAGGAAAGAGGAAGAACUGAGACAAAUAUAGAAAAAAAUUGAUGGUACCUUGCAAUGAUGGUGAUGAUGAUGUUAGCAUCAAUGGAUAUGGCUGAUUUGAAUCAAGUGGAUGAAUGAUUAUCGGUGUAGUUGUUUUGCAGAUAGAUUGGUGGUUAGUUAGUUAUUUAAGCAACGACUGAUCGAGAAGUCACUCGCGAGAGCCAAUGAUUAAGUUAACGAUUUGCAGAUGUCACAAAACGUAAAGACCAUCGAAAAUAGAUUAUGGGGAGAGAAAUGGGAAUAUGUUUCUGUGUCGGGUCGAGUCUGGUAAAUGAGGAACGAAGCGAAGCAUAGUCUUGAUGGCCCUUUGGUGAACGGAAAACUAUCGUACGAGUAGGCUAUAAGCAAACGCACGGACGUACAGACUGACAGAAAUGUAGCACGAUUCUGGAAAGGGCGAAAAAGUGGCAACGAGUGGUAAAGAACGAUCGAUUGCUUGUUGGUAGCGUCGAACAAGAAACGGACUGCUUAGGCAGAAAGAAGUUUACAGAGCUUCUCGCCGGAAGUUUGCAUCGUCAUAUGUCCGUUACGUGUGAAAGAAGUGGAGGAAAGCAACUACUUCCCCACACAAUGAGAGAGAGGCAGCGCCAGCAAUAAUGAAACAGAAGACGACGGUGAAACAAUAAUAAAAUAGUAAUAAUUAGCAGCUGAGGUAUGUGCUAAAAUAUAUAUCUCAGUAAAAAAAACGCCAUAUAUUGAUAUAAAUAUAGCAGAGGUCGUGGAUAAUCAUACAAAAAAUAACAACAAUGUGUUUAAUCAGGCACGUGAUUUAGCUGCUUGCUAUAUAGUGUAACAUUGCGAAUACUAUUCUAGGUAGAGAUAAUAAGAAUAUAAAUGAUACGAGAAAAAGUGAUAUUAUAUCAUAUGACUGAUAGCGACGGAAAUAUACCAGUUGAGGAAAACUACUUAAAAAAGAAAUUUAAAAUUUGCUAUGUUAGUAGGAGGGACUUGUUGCAUUAGAUAGAACAGAAGUAAUGGACACCGACUUCUAGCUAUACUCAACAUAUAUAUAUAAAUAUAUACUUGAAACCAACAGCAAUAGCAAGAGCAACUUUCUAUAGAAACAUUCAUGAUUCGUGAAUAUCGAUAGUAUAAAAAGACGUAAGAUGAGAACAGUUACGUUGAAUGAUUGUUUCAAAGCGAAGAGAAGUUAUGGCAAAUGUUGAAUGGAACAGUUUAAGUCUAUGACGGACGACGAAGAUGAUGGUAAUAAACCGAAUGAAAAAUGCGCACGGGCGAUGAGUUAAUGAGAA